UUGUCUGUUGUUUGCUAAGCGUCGUCAACCCGGGGCCGCCAUGUUGUUGUCAGCUUCGUUUUCGAGCUUUGGGUCAAUGGUAGAAGUGUAAUUGUCUUUGUUUUAAUUCAGAUGCUAGCACCCUGUGCUGGCUUCAAACAUCGCCAUGAGUUUCCAUAGCAUGCCCUUGUUUGAUUUCUCAAAGACUUGUCGACUAUGUUUGUCGCAAGAGUACGAUCUGAUACCAAUAUCCACACAAACAUCUGACAGCUCGGCAGUUGCCCUCGCUUCUAAAAUUACUGCAACUGUGUCCCUUGAGGUUUCGGAGAGUGAUGAUAUGCCUGGACAAAUUUGUGGAAGCUGCUUCCAGAGAAUUGAUCAGUGGUACAGCUUUAAGCAAGUUUGUCACAAUUCCUUCUCUGUGUUGCGGCAAUGUGUGAAGGGCGAUCGAAAGGAGGAUGAUAACUGUGACCACUCGCAGCUGUCAGUUGGUGAUGAUGUGGACAAAACUGGAUUUGGUGGAUUGGAUGCAUCUGGUCUAUCACCUGAAGAGAUGGCCAAUGGUAAUUUUUCUUGCCAGGUUUGUGGGAAGAUGUUUUCCCGCUACAAUAAUAAAAUAUUUCAUGAAAAGAAAUAUCACAACAUCAAACCACCUCCAAUGAAACUGAAAGGGGAAAAAGUAAAAGAGAUAUACACCUGCAAAAUCUGUGUUAGGGACUUCUCGAGAAUGGAUUACCUUAAAACUCAUGAAAUGAGAAUGCAUUCGAAUGAAAAGUCAUUCUUUUGUGACUGCGGAUCUGGCUUCAUGCGCAGACAUGAUAUGAUUUGGCAUCAGAGCACCCACAUUAAAAGUCCAAGUCCAGGACUGAACCCAGAUGAAUUAGAUACGUCUCUGGGAUGUCCCAUUUGUGCCCUUCCGUUUCCCAAAAUUGAGAAGCUGAAUGAGCACAUUGAGCUGAUUCACAUGGAUGCUAAAUUCCAGUGCUCCAUUUGCUUAAGUAAAUUUUUCAAUAAAGAAGAAUUGAAUUGGCAUCAGAAGCAUUCAUUGGUGCCUAGUGUAACAUCCCCUCAAUCCAGCUGGUCUCAGUUCAUUUGCAAUAUAUGUAACCAUAGUUUCUCCAACAUUAACAUGUGUAAAUCCCAUGUGUUGAGGGUGCAUUCCUCUACCUCUACUAUGAAAGGCAUCUCAUGUUGCUUGAAUUUCAAUUGCCAAGGGGGCAAAGAUGAUGAAGAAGAGAAAAAGCCAGCUCUUGGCCAGAAGCGAAGAUUCAACCCUGAUAAUCCACCAUUUUUCUGUUGUUGUUGUGGAAAGGAGUUCAACAAAGGCAAUGAGAAACGUCGUUCUGGUGGAGGAGGGGAGAGAGGUAGUGGUGGAAAAAUUCAUCCAUGUAAGGAGUGUGGCAAGAAUUUCUUAACUUCUUCGAGAUUGAAAACUCAUAUGCUGACCCAUACUGAUGUAAAACCUUAUGCUUGUGAGGUGUGUCAAAGUAAGUUCCGUACGUUGAGCAACUUGCUUGCUCACAAAAAACGACAUUCAGCUGAUCCCAGAUUUGUCUGUAAAACUUGUGGAAAGGAAUUUUUGUCGUCAUCUGGAUUAAGUCGACAUGAGAUACUCCACACAGGUGUCAAAGAUUUUGCUUGUGACGAGUGUGGUAAAACAUUUGUAACUCUUCAAGAACGUCGAAAACACAUGAAAUACCAUACUGGAGAAAAGUCUCAUACUUGCAAGUACUGUGAGAAGAGUUUCUUUGAAAGUGGUCAUCUUGCUAUUCAUUUACGUUCUCAUCUCAAUGAAAAGCCAUAUUCGUGUGUUAUUUGCUCUCGCUCGUUUGAUUCAACUACCAAGUUGAAGCGUCACAAAAAGACGGAUGCUCACUUGCGAAGAAUGAACGUGAAUCAGCCAGCCAAAGAAACUUCGAGGCCUGAAUGGCCUGCCAACAAUUACUAUCAAGAGGCCUUAAACGGUGGUCCUACUAUCUAUCACAUAUAAUCUUGAGGUCAAUGUACAUACUGAUUACUCAAAAUAGUUAUUUUGUUGGGAGUUUAUUGAAGUCUGAAAUUCCAAGUAUUUACAGACAUCUGCUCUUUGUGUCAAAUACUUGGUUAUAUUUUUUGGUUUCACCUCAAGGUUGCAUCUGAAAUGCCUAUUUGUGGCCAGCUGCUUUACUUUGUAAUUUGUAGAUAUAUUAGAACAUUCUAUACCAUGGUUUAGUUACUAUUAUUAAAUUUGGGUCUGAAAUUUCUCAGUUUGUCUGCAGACUGUUCUUAUUAUUUCACCUAUUAUGUCAAAUAUUAAGUUAAAUUACCAUCCUAUUGUUUAUUAUGAUUUAGCCUCUUUAAUGUUUGGGUCAUUAUGCCAUGGAAUGGCAGAACUGUAGUUAACCCUUUCAUUAGAUUGUUAAUUCUAUGUGUAGUACAUUAUUUUUAUUCUGGCUUAGCUACUUUCAUGUUUGUUCUUGUUUGAAAUGACUCGUGUGUUCAGUAAUUUGCUUUGAACUGGAUGAAAUCUUUUCAGGCUUUCCUGCAUUCAUAAUGUCAAAAUGUUAUUUGACAUCAAGUAACAUUGAAAGAAGUUGGUAAAUUUGAAUGUUUCGCCAUGAGAUGUAAUCUUUAAUAAAAUAAGAUUUGAUUCCUUUCACUCGCAAUUAAAUUCCAUGCCUCUAAAGAGGGUGGCUACAGCCUUUCUUAGACAUGUGUAAGUUAUGCAAUGAGAGUGAUUCUGUACUCCGGCUUAGCUACUACUUCCAUGCUUGGAUUUAAUAUGUCUAUAUAUAUAUAUAAAUAUGUAUGUAUAAAUAUAUAUCUACUUCUUGCAAUAGAUGUGCACUAAGGCCACGCAAGCUGUUCACUUUGCAUGAAGAAUCACAUUAUGUACAAAAUAUUAAAGAUUCAAGAACAUAGCACGUUUAUUUGUAAAAUUGAUAGUUUGCUGCUUCUACCAUGAGGUUUGAGCAGCUUGACCACCAGAGGUCAAUGUUAUGUAAACGUUACUUACAAUUCCAUAUGAUGCUUCAUUAUUGCAUGGUUCUACCAUUGUAAGCAGUUAACAGUGUAACACAAAUAUUAUCACAAUAAAGAUUAACAAGACAAA